AUGUCUUCAGUCAGUGCCCUCAGUGCGUACCGGCAACUUCUCCGUGCAACCCGUAUUGCAUUUGAAGGUGACUAUCGAGUCCUUCACGCCGCACGAGCCGAAGCCCGGAAACAAUUCGACGACAGCCGCAAACCGGGCGUGGACACUCCGAUGAAAAUCCAAUAUGCGCUGGAAACGGCGCAGAUUUUGAAAACAAACUUAGUACAAGGUCAAAGGAUGGAGAGUAGAAAUGAGCUGGGAGAGACGAUCGACAGUUAUUCUUUAAGGAUACAUGAGCAUAUCGAGCGAGGAGACAACGAUACGAUUAAAACAGCUGGGAAUAAAGCAGUAAAAGUGAAACCCUGCUCGAAAUAG